GCCCAGCACCAGCCUUGCCAGUGAACCUUAGGUUGUCAUUGAUUCGCCUGCCGAGCUCCUACUCUACGUACCUAGCUACCUACCUACCAUUUCGACAUACUUCCUAACCUAUCACGACUAAUCUUCGCUACAGCAUCAUACGUCAGUUACCAAACCAGUAAACCACCAACAAAUCAUCCUGCGUUCCCUUUUCUUCUGAGUCGACUUGCAAGUAAAUCAGAUCUCCGCAGCUUAGCAGGAUGUCGGCCCAGAACUCGACAGGCAUUCAAACCCUCCUCGAUGCCGAGAGGGAAGCUUCCAAAAUCGUUCAGAAAGCCCGCGAAUUCCGAACCAAGAGAGUACGAGAGGCGCGAGACGAAGCCAAGAAAGAAGUAGAAGCGUACCGCCGAGCGAAGGAAGAGGAAUUUAAGAGAUUCGAGGCCGAGCACACCCAAGGCAACAAGCAGGCCGAAGACGAAGCCAACCGCGAAGCCGAUGCCAAGAUCAAGGAAAUCCAAGCCGCCGGCCAGAAGAGCCAGGACAAGGUCGUCGAGGACCUGCUGAAGGCCGUGUUCGACGUCAAGCCCGUGCCCCCUGAGAGGUCGUAGGUUAGUCCAGACUAGCCAGAGCUGCUUAGUCUACGGGGAGAAGCGAAUCCGAAAGAAAUACUAUGCGGAGAAAGGGAUCGACAUGUCACACCGUGGAUUCUGGUUGCUGGAAGACUGAGGCUAUGGUGUGUAGUUGCGCGCAUUAUAUUACACGUUACCGGUGUUUUUGGAAGGGAAGAAAGCCGAAAUAAAGAUAGGUCGGUAUUACUGAUUGCAAGGGGCCUGUCUGUCUGUUCAUAGAAGAGAUAUUUGAGGGAUGCCGCGCUGAGAAGCCGGCACGAUACGCAUUAUUCAUUGAUUACUACUAUACUA